AUGCGUCACGAGCUCUUCCCGAGCGCCGAGACCAGCAAUGUCUCCAAGUUGCGCUUCUACGUGGCUGCCGGCAGCCUCAUCUGGUUUGCGAUAGUUUGGAGUGUUUGUGCCAUUGGCUUCACGCAAUUAUUCCGUUACUACUGGAGAAGACCACAGCCGGCAGCAUGUAUCACGUCCAUGAAGGAGGAAGAGGUGCCUCAUGUCACCGUAAUUCGGCCUGUAUCUGGUUUGGAUCCGCGCCUUUAUGAGUGUUUGGCAUCGAGCCUGCGCCAGACCUACCCUAAGCGCAAGAUAGACAAUGUCUUUUGUGUCGCCAAUCGCUCAGAUCCCGCGCUACCUAUCCUCGAACGCCUUGUCCGCGACUUUCCUGAGUCUGAUGUUCAAAUCAUGGUCGAGGAGGAGGACCCACUACUCAAGAGGGACAGGACCGCGCUUGGACCAAAUCCAAAGAUCAGAAACAUGAGCCGUGCAUACCGAGAGGCCAAGGGUGACAUUGUAUGGAUUCUUGACUGCAAUGUCUGGGUGGGCAAGGGCAUUGGCUCCAGAUUCGUCGAUCUGCUGUGUGGAUACAGCAAGGACAAGGGAGGGAAGAGGAAGACCAAGUUCAAGUUCGUGCACCAGACUCCGCUCACUGUGGACCUGGACUCACAGAGCUUGACUCUGGAGGAGCGGAAAGAGCUGUUGAGUGGAAAACCGGAGGAGCGGGAGAACACCACAGCUGCUGCAGCAAAUUCUUCAUCGAAAGCUUCAGGCAGUGCCUUCAAGAGACUACUACAACGUGGUGGUGGACGUCUCGACGAAGCAUUCAUGUCCUCGGCACAUGCCAAGUUCUACCAGGCCAUUAACACGGUCAAGGUCGCGCCUUGCAUCAUGGGCAAGAGCACCAUGUUCCGUCGGUCGCAGCUUAACUACGUGACCUCCUCGAGCCCAAAGUACGCGCCUGGUAUCGACUUCUUCUCUGACAACAUCUGCGAGGACCAUCUCAUUGGUGACGCGCUAUGGAAACAACCGCAAGCAUUCGAGAAGCGCGACUACAAACCUGCAGCAGGUGAAAAGAAGGAGAAAUGGGGGAAGCACGAAAUGCUGUUUGGCGACUUCUGCUUCCAGCCUAUAAGUCACACGUCUGUGGCAGCGUAUCUGGAUCGUCGUAUACGCUGGCUGCGAGUCCGGAAGUAUACGGUCACUCUGGCCACGUUUGUGGAGCCUGGCACGGAGAGUAUGUUUUGCGGUGUAUACGGUGCGUAUGCACUGACCACUCUGCCGUACUUCCGCACGUUCAUCAGCCCUACUUGGACAUCAUUCGUUUUGAUAUGGCUGCUGCAUAUGAGUGCAUGGUGCUUUGUCGACUAUGUCCAGUACCUUCUGCUGCAUUCUGCAAAGACCGUAGAGAUCGACGCUGAUACGCCGGAUUUUGUCCUACCACAACGAUCAAAUGCCGCAUAUCACCGCGCUGAAUCUCUGAAGCCUCUUCUCGAAGACAAGGCACCCGGUCAACCAAGCCUGCUCGACGGCGCACGGAGAAAUUUCUGCGAGUUCUUCUACGCCUGGCUUGGGAGGGAGUUCUUCGCGUUGCCUGUGUGGAUUACAGCCUUCUGGGGUGGUGCAACGGUGGAAUGGAGAGGUAGGAAAUUUUACGUUGCACUGGACACAAAGGUCCAUGAGAUCUUGCCUCAGAAAAAGAAAGGUGCCGACCACGACAUCAAAAGUAAGAAAUAG